UACAGGUUUUCCAUAGAAGUCUCUCAUAUUUUAAUAUAAGUAUGAACUGGUGCAGAAGCUCAGACGGUGCAUUUGGCCUUUUUCUGCUUCUUUUACUCCUCGUCAAUUGUGGUUGUGAAAAGGCCAACUACAGGCAUAUCGAAAAACGAGUUUUGGACAGCAUCAUUGGACCCGGACGUUACGACAGCCGAAUCCGGCCACACGGAAUCAAUAACACAGAUGGCCCGGCCAUUGUGAAUGUUAACAUCUAUAUCAGAAGUAUCAGCAAAAUAGAUGACGUCACCAUGGAAUAUAGCGUGCAGUUAACCUUCAGAGAACAGUGGCGAGACGAAAGGCUGGAGUUCGACGACAUGAAUGGACAGAUGGCUUAUUUAACCCUAACCGAUCCAAACAAAAUCUGGAAACCCGAUCUUUUUUUCUCCAAUGAAAAGGAGGGGCAUUUCCAUGACAUCAUCAUGCCAAACGUGUUACUUCGAAUUUAUCCAAAUGGAGAAGUCUUGUACAGUAUAAGGAUUUCGUUAAUGUUAUCCUGCCCAAUGGACCUCAAGUACUACCCUCUGGACAAACAGACCUGUUCUAUCAUCAUGGCCAGCUACGGAUACACGACAGAUGACCUGGUGUUUCUUUGGAAAGUUGGAGAUCCCGUACAAGUGACCAAAAACCUCCAUCUUCCUCGUUUUACGUUGGAAAAGUUCAACACUGAAUACUGCACCAGCAAAACAAAUACAGGGGAGUAUAGCUGCAUCCGAGUGGACUUAAUAUUCAAGAGAGAAUUCAGUUACUAUUUGAUCCAGAUCUACAUCCCUUGUUGCAUGUUGGUCAUCGUCUCUUGGGUAUCCUUCUGGCUAGACCAAAACGCCAUCCCCGCACGAGUUUCAUUAGGUGUCACAACUCUGCUUACCAUGGCAACACAAACUUCCGGUAUCAAUGCGUCACUUCCACCCGUGUCCUACACUAAGGCCAUUGAUGUGUGGACCGGAGUCUGCCUAACUUUCGUGUUUGGAGCAUUGCUGGAAUUUGCUUUGGUCAAUUAUGCAUCAAGAACGGACAUGCACAAACAGGCAGCUAAGCAACAGCGUAAAUGGGAUAUCGAACACUCCAGUUUGGACACUGACCACAUGGAAGAUGGGGCUACUACUUUCGCUAUGGUUUUGAUGUAGAUGUACAAGAUCAGCAACAAAGACAAGCUGGUGGCAGAUGUCACUCUGUGUAUUGGGAUUAUGUGCUAGCCUCAUGUUGACAAAAGUGAGGCUAUGUGUAAGGGCUUGUAUCGUUGAAAAAGUGUAAACCUACGGUAAUUUAGACUUAACAUUUACGACAAAAAUGAGGCUAUGUGUUUGUAUAGAGUUAAGUGUUACUACAUCAAAGACUUGGUUGUAAACCAACAUAGAAUAUUUUUUUGUUGAACUUCCAACGACUUAUGUCAAAUUCUUUGGAGAGUUAUUCACGUACUAAGUAGUUUUGAAAUGCAUCAUACAAAUACUGGAACGUAUCGUUCUUUCCUAACAUCAUUAAGCAAGCUAAAAGCUGGUAAGAAGUCGAAGAAUACGAAAACGCAGGAAAUCGAAAUAAGAACAGAAGAUGCAGAGAGCGUUAAAGACGAGAAAACUACUGGAAAGCGUCAUCUCCCAUCUCUGCUCGAAAGGGCGGUGAAAUUCGAGGAAAGAGAAGACAAGCAGCCUGUACAAUGUGAUUCUGAGAUUUCUUCCAACGUAAAAAAAGAGAAGAAAGUAUUGUUUAAAAUGGACGGAACAGUUCCUCCAAAGUGUAGCAACAUUUUUACAUCAAACAACGUAAUUAUAACUUCCAGAGAAGAAGAAGAAGAAGUAAAUAACCUAACUCAGCAAAAUCCAAUACAAAAACUCAAUAGUCGUUAUUCUUGUCCCCCUGCUGUCCCGCUCAAGAUCUCUUCUGCACAACCCAGUAAAGUAUCUGAUAAAAACACGAACGAAAAAAAAAGUGUCAAUUCGUUCGACAGCAACGUCACCCCUAACAGCAUUGUCGAAAACACAAAACAAACACAGAACUCUACUAGUUCAAAAGUAGAAAAUUCCGAAAAGGUGAACUCUCAUGGCCCAAAAGACUGCAGUUCUGAGGACGCGUAUAUAUGGAAAGAUAUGACAUUCCUCUUCGCGGAUUUGGCUUUUAGGACCCACUGGCUCUUACGUGAAAUCACUAAACACUUAGAACGACAAAAUGACUUACUGAGGAACGAACUGAAAAAGGCGCGAUUGGAGAACACCAAGGAACAUUGCUACGUGGAUUCUCAUAAACUUGAUAUGCUAGAAUGUCGACUAAAAACCCUUGAAAAGCUGAUUGAAUCACAAGGAAAACCUAAGAUACAUUGUUUGAAAAUAAGUGAAGCAAAAACAAAAGGUGACUCUAAUUUCAACGCUUCCUCGGUAUCCACAGCACAAAAACAUUACGCCCCAAGUUGCAAAGAAGAAAAAUUAGCUUUGCUGAAGCUUGUCAUAGAUGGACUUAUACCUCGGAUGCAAAGGCUGGAGGAGUGGCAUAGGAAUAGCUCUCUUGUAUUUUACGGCGUCUCUGGGGAUUCUGAAGAAACUCCCACAAGCUCUGCCGACAGAGUUGCUCAAGUCUUGAAGAAGGCCCUGGGGCUUCAGGUAGGUACCUCCGGUAUUUGUUCAGCGUUUCGACGCAGCUGUGGGCCUGUUGAUCGAAACGGAUCGUGUCCAAUCGAAGUACAUUUUUCGACCCCUAAACUUAGGGACGUAGUCUUACUCAAAGCCUAUAAGCUUCAAACAUUCAACAUAAGUGUCUCGCCUCCUACAACGAGUCAAGCAACGCUACAAGAUCAAGAAUUGAAAAAGUUAAUUUCAGUUGACAAUCUCUUAACACCAUGAUGUAAGUGUAGUGUAUGAGUUCAAGAAAAGUCUAAUAUUAUUGUUUACAGAGCGAUCGAUGAAAAUGAACUGUUAUUAAUUCGAUUUUGCAUGAAAUAAGUAAACGAUUUAAAUAUUUAAAACAAAAUUACACAACGGGAGAACUAGCAAUUUGCAAGCAUUAUGCUUAUUUCAUUUGAGUAAUCAAACUCGAAACUCUAAUUACUUUGAAGAAUUAGUUUCUUCUUACGAUAUUAUCAGACUGCGUAUUUUUCAAAAUAAAAAUAAUGAUAGUGUUGUAAAAAUAAUAAUAUAGUGUUGUUGUUUUUUUUUUCCUACUGGCCCCCUCGUAUUGACAAAAUGCGUUUUGAAGAGGACCGAAACGUUGUCAGAAACCAUCAUGCGCGCGAAAACUGAAACGAUAUCAUAGUUUUAAGUUAAAUCAUGUUGUUUCUGUAGAAUUAGUUUUGACUUGUUUUUCUAAUAGGUUAAUCAGUAAGAAUCAUUAAAAAAAAUUUUGAAAUAAAAAUGCAUUUACGACACAAAUUGAUGAUAGAUCCAAAGAAACGAGCACAACUAAAACGUAUUCUUUUCACUUCAGAAAUAACAAAAAAAAAAGAUAGCUAAGAAGGCGAAACCCAGGGUGAGAAGUCCUGGUGAAAUCUCGAGCAGAAACGACGGAGGGAGAAAUGUCUUGAAUCCUGUCUAGAUAAUACAAAUUCUUAGAACGUUCUUCGUGUGAUUUUGAAGGAGCCGUUUACAUGCAGUUUUUAUUCGUAUUAUAAAAUUAUUAAAAUAUAUUUUUUUUUAUCUCAGUUGAUAGUGCAUGAAAUGGUAUGAUAAUUUUGAGUAUAAAUUCACAAACUUUAAAGUUUUGACUGUGAAGUUGAGGAGAAUUUAUAACUUUGCUAUGGUAUAUAACUAGAAUGAGUACUGUACUUAUAAAACAGCUCUUAUAUUUGUAUGUGUAUGAAAUACGAAUAAAUUCUUUUAAAAGUCUAA